AUGAUUGGCAAUAAGGUCUAUGCCCUUGAGAAGGUUGUCAACUAUGAUAUCUCUGUCCCCGUGCAUAUCAUCCUCCGAUCGGGAGGAAGUAUUACGACAAUGGGAGCCGGCUAUCUCUGGGGGAAGCGAUAUCCGCGUGUUCAAGUCAUCGCAGUACUUCUGCUCACCUUUGGUGUCAUCCUCGCGGCAUGGUCCGACGCUCAAGCCAAGACUGCUUUGGCUGAUGAGGCGAGACCUGCUUUUGGAGCGGGCUUGAUCAUCCUCUUUCUGGCACAAGUUCUGUCGGCGAUCAUGGGCAUAUACACAGAAGUGACCUACCGUGAGUACGGUCCCCAGUGGAAAGAGAACCUCUUCUACUCUCACAUGCUAUCCCUGCCCCUCUUCCUGCCAUUCUUAGGGUCUAUGUAUACCACCUACAAGAGCAUGGCCAUGACAGAGCCGCUGGAAGUGUUGACUCCAUGGACUGUACUGAAUAACCUCAUCAACGCUGUUCCCAGCCAGGUUGUGUACCUGUGGGCCAACGUUUUCACACAAUACGCGUGCACACUGAUUGGGGCGGUCAUCGUGUUCAGUGCCGGAGGCCUUUACUCCUUCGGUCGCGAAUCGGGGGGUGGGCUGAGGUGGGUGCAUCGUGACAGGGACUCCGUCUCUCUCGGACUAGACGUUGUGACAGCUGCGUUUGAAGUAGUUCUGGUCUCCGGACAGGAGAUCAACCACCGAAACGGGCUUCGGGAUACGCAACUGCUUGUCAUGGCCGAGCAUGACAAUCCCGAGCAAUCGAUUGCUUAUCAUGUACGCACACGCGAGUCGGACGGGGAAGACGAAGGCGGUGUCGAUUCUGGAGCAGCUCAACAAGAGAUAGCAGACGAUAUGGCCAGCCCAUGGAAUGAUUCUGCUAUGGAGUACGAACAGGGCGAUCUGGAGGAGGGAAUGCUGCCCAGAGAUUUACCUAAACGCACAACAUUCUACGACCCAGUGGCCGAGCGUCAAAUGAGUCAGACCGAUGCCAAGCUCUUCUACCAGCGCAGCAAAGCCGACCCCAAAAGUGGCUCUGGAAGCGCUGUUUGGUCACACACAACGCCCUUCGGCAGUCCCAUGAUAGCAUCUGGCUCCCAUACGGCAACCGAAUAUGGAGGCGACUCUCUGGUACUAGACUCGGACGGUCGUCACUCAGACGUCCCAGGGUCUUGGAAAAGCCGACCAGAGACACCUUCCCAACAUGCUGAAUCGACACCGCCAACAAGCUUCCCUCAGAAGGCCAAGGUUCAGGGUUCUCCUGCCACCAGCUACCAGGGAAGCGCAGCUGCCUGUGAAACCCAAGCGUCCUUCGAAGGACAUGGUCCCCAAGUCACCAAUGUCGGGCUGUCUGGGAAUAGUCUAUUCGACACGGAACCGCACAUUACGUCGGAAUUGAGUGAAAUUUCGAAGAAUAUCCAGCGCAUUCUAGAUUUGAGGCGCAAGUAUAUCAGUUUGUCGAACCAGGGCCCGAACGACAAUCCUAGAGACCAGCCAGGUUGGGAUGUUUACCCACCACCGCCUGAACCCGCCUGGACUCGCAGCAACGAGGGUCAAAAUGGCCCAGACGGUCUUGAUGCUGGUGGCCAUCAAGGAAAGGCGAAGGAUCAGAAGCGACCAAACCGCAAGCGCAAACCAGGCCAAGACGUCGGAGAAGAUUUUGAUAUGGGAGACCUUCUCCCUUUGCCUGGGGAUGAUGGGAUGAUCUUCGAGCAAGAUGCGAGUGGUGUUUAUCAAGUCUUCGACAGCGCUGAUGCCAAGGAACCCGCGGUGAAAGUGCCCACGAUACGCGAGUUUUACAUGGACUUAGACGAACUACUGAACACAUCGUCGGAUGGUCCCACGAAAAGCUUUGCUUUUCGACGACUACAAUACCUCGAAGGCAAAUUCAAUCUCUAUGUUCUACUAAACGAGUAUCAAGAGACAGCAGACAGCAAGAAAGUGCCGCACCGAGACUUCUAUAACGUACGGAAGGUCGAUACCCAUGUUCACCAUUCGGCAUGCAUGAAUCAGAAGCAUCUUCUGCGGUUUAUCAAGAGCAAGAUGAAGAAGUUCCCUAACGAGGUGGUGCUGUACAGGGAUGGCAAGCACUUGACGCUGGCAGAGGUCUUUGCCAGUAUCAACCUGACCGCAUACGAUUUGAGCAUUGACACACUGGAUAUGCAUGCUCACACAGACUCGUUCCAUCGCUUCGACAAGUUCAACUUGAAGUACAACCCCAUCGGGGAGUCACGUCUUCGCACGAUCUUUCUGAAGACAGACAACUUCAUCCACGGCCGCUAUCUGGCUGAGAUCACGAAAGAAGUCAUCUCUGACUUGGAGUCGAGCAAGUACCAGAUGGUCGAAUGGAGAGUUUCGAUAUACGGAAAGUCUAUCGAUGAAUGGGAUAAACUCGCUGCGUGGGUGGUUGAUAACAAGCUAUUCUCUCACAAUGUGAGAUGGCUGAUUCAGAUACCACGCCUCUACGAUGUCUAUAAGGCAAGCGGCUUGAUGGACACGUACGAGUCGAUUGUACAAAACAUCUUCCAACCACUUUUCGAGGUUACCAAGGAUCCAUCAAGCCAUCCCAAGCUACAUGUGUUCCUGCAACGCGUCAUUGGCUUCGACAGUGUCGAUGAUGAGAGCAAGGUCGAAAGACGGCUGUUCAAGAAAUUCCCGGUCCCCAAAGAAUGGAACACCAAGCAAAACCCGCCAUACACGUACUGGAUCUACUAUCUUUACUCCAACACAGCGUCUCUCAACUACUGGAGGAAAAAGAGGGGCUUCAACACCUUGGUAAUUCGCCCGCACUGCGGCGAAGCCGGUGACAGUGAGCACUUGGCCGUGGCAGCGCUGUGCUGCCACAGCAUCAGCCAUGGACUGCUUUUGCGCAAGGUGCCAUUGUUGCAGUAUGUGUUUUACCUGGAGCAGAUUGGCAUUGCAAUGUCCCCGUUGAGCAACAACGCGCUCUUCCUCGCAUACGACCGCAAUCCAUUUCACCAGUACUUCAAGCGCGGCUUGAACGUGUCAUUGUCGACCGACGAUCCCCUUCAGUUUGCCUUCACCAAAGAACCUCUGAUUGAGGAGUACUCUGUCGCGGCCCAAAUCUACAAGCUCAGCUCCGUGGAUAUGUGUGAACUCGCAAAGAACUCUGUUUUGCAGAGCGGCUAUGAAUUGUCGAUCAAGAAGAAGUGGUUGGGCGAUGGAUGUGAUCGACCAGGACGACUCGGCAAUGUUAUGGUGAAGACUAACGUGCCGGACCGAAGAGACGAGUUUAGGUAUCAUACGCUCCUCCAGGAGAGGGAUGUGCUUCGACAAUAUGUAAAUCACGGUCAAGAGACGACAGUUCCAUCAAGCACAAGUGGCCCCGAGUUCAACAUCAAUGGCGGUACGCCAGCCAAAGGAAUCCAGACUCCCGCAGAUGUCCCGACAAACGGGGCGCCAUCGGGCACGGUGGAAGAUCUCCGGAGUGCACAGGCAAAUCACAGCGAUUACGGCGCUCAUCUUUCUGGAAACGAGGCGCGCGCAUUUCCUGGUGUGUUCGCGCGCGGGAACCGCACAGGCAGCCUGCGGAAGGACGACUAA